CUUAGGUCGGAUGUGAAAGCAGGAAGUAGCAGCCUGGCCGUACGCAGUUUAGUACUGGCUGAGUGAACUUGCUGAGAAGGAACAAUAAUGUCACCCCCUCCAAACGAAGAAUCUGCACCAACUCUAAAACAGGAUGGGUGUGUCAACAGACAUAAUUAUGAGAAAGUUGGCAAGAUCAUAAGGGAAUGCAAGAGUGAAAGCUUCUGGUACAGGGCUUUGCCUUUAUCGCUUGCAAGUAUGCUAGCUACUCAAGGAUUGUUGUACAAAGGAAUUCUUUCACCUUCGAAAAGAUUUGGGUCGAUUCCUAAAGUCGCACUUGCUGGAGUUCUUGGUUUUGUGGUUGGAAAAAUCUCUUACGUGGGAGCUUGUCGUCAAAAGUUUCAAAAUGCAGGCUUCCCUGCUUUUGGAGCUACAUUUCCUUAUGGAUUUGGAAACUUCCCUUUGGGUAAACCCCAUCAUGACAGCGACCAUCUUGAGGGCAAAAACAGACUCCACGGAUUCCCAGACCAUUGCAGGAAAUCUCAGCAGACAACCCCAGACUCUGCUGACCUCAGUUCAAAGGAUUCAUAAAGAAUUAACACAUCUCUGUGUCUGCAGCUUGGUGGAGAAAUUCUGCAGUGUAAAUCGCCAAUAUUCUGACCCAUCUUACUUUUAGCAUUUUAAAUGUUGAGUUAGUACAAACAAUAAUCGUAGCAUAAUGUGUGGCAUGUUUUAUUGAUGGUGAUUUGCAAACUAUAAGUAUGAUAGAAAGUGUGAUUUGUAUUCAUCAGCCAUUUUACUAUACAACAUAUAUCAACCAACAAGCUCAUUUGUAUUUGUAAUGCUCUUUACAGUUUCCCAUAAUAAACUGGACCUUAUGAGAGUAUCUUGUCUUUGAAGGGGACCAGUCCUUGGUCUUGUCAUGUAUUAAAUAAGAUAUGUUGUAGUUGGAAGUCUACCUGUUUAUGUUCAUGUUUGAUCAGUGAGGUUAAAGUUGGUUGGAAAUAUCAAACAGCUAUUGCUGGUUAUAUUAAAAUUGUCAAACCUGGGUCCCUCUUAAUAAUGAUACCAAUGGUGUCUGUGUGUCUGCAAUGUCAAAGAUGUCCAAGAUACUGCCAUCUCACCACCAUAAUAACCCCUCCACCCCAAGCAAACUGUGAUAGCAGCUGAAAUGCGAAGCAACACUUAGCUAUUAGGAAAUUCUCAAAACUGUUUGAAAGUAACAGAAAUGGAUUUCAUUUCAAAUUUUUAGCCCUCUACUAUUCAGUAUUUCCAUCUCUUUGUAUCACUGUGUUGUCAUUUUAAAUAGUCGAUGGUUGGAAGCUGAAAAUGGGUUUUUAUGCUUGUUUUACUUAAGUAACACAAGGAGAGAUUUGCCUUAAUUACUACGCUGAAGCAAAACUCUAAAGCAUUGUACUCUCAGUAUCCUCUUAACCACAUUUCAAUCUUCCUCCAUACACAGCAAAUAAGAAAGUCCUUCUGUGUCAAAGUUCAAUGUGUUAAGUUCUCCUUCAUGCAGCCAGGGAGGAAACAAUCAAUCUCAUUCUGGAUAUUGCUGCCAGUCCUAGACUAAGUCCUCCAGAGACAUUCUUAGAAUGGUUUCAUUAACAUGUUCUCCUGUUUAUACAGAUGCCCAUAGACACUAGACUCUUAGCUGCAUAAGGAUCACUCUAUACAAAGUUGAAACCUGCCUUCUACUUCUAGUAUGGAAGGAUAAUAUAACCCAUAAAGUCUAAAUAUCUAUACUCCCCCUAACAGCUGAUAGGGAAGUGGCAUCCAGGAAAGCUGAAGAAUGGCCUGGUCCCAGUGACUCCUCUUCUCAUGCACUGUAAUGCGAUUGAUCAAGUUAUGAUGAAGCUGUAACUCUACCCUCCAGCCUUCAAUCUGAUGAGCAUGUCAGUCACUUUAUCAGAUGGGCCCACCAAUUCUGGAGGUGGUGUGACAGAACACUGUAAUUCCUGAUUGGCUGAUUUAAGGGUCACCUUGACUGAAAUUCCUUUACUCUGUCCUCUAAAGAUAAGAAGGGUAUGGAUGUUCAUAUGAAUAUUUCCUUGUAUAUGCUGGGAAAAUCUGCCACAGUGUGUAACUGGUGUGUGCAUCAAAGAAAAUCUUACAUUUGUACUUUAGAAUCCUAUUCCCUUUUCCAUUGAAAGGGAAACACCAGCAAGAGGGUCUAAGAUGUUUUCACAACAACUGAGGGAGUCAGAAAUGAAUUACUGGUCUCCACAUUGCAACUGAAAUGCUUAAACGUAGGAAGAACUUACAUUGGUUGUGAAGACGGCAUCAAAAUCACAAAAACAAAUCAUCCUGUAUUUGUUUGCAUGCUAUUCAGGGCAUCUGUGAUUUCUUCAUUCUUCAGCAGUCUUCAUAUCUUCCCCUAUUUGAAGGCACAGUAGGAUAUUCGUGACUCUCAAGCUUCAGCAACAACUUAAAUUUAUAUAGCUCCUUUAAUGUGGUAAAACAUUCCAAGUUUCUUCACACGAGCAUUACAAACAAAAUUAGAUAUUGCACCAUAUUAGAAUGAUGAGGAAAGCCUAUCUUAAAAUAAGUACGAGGGAAAGAGAGAAAGGAGUUGCUUUGAGGGAAUUUCAAAGCCUACAACACUAGCAGUGGAAUGCAUGACUGCUAAUGGUGGACUGAUUAAAACUUGAGACAUGAACAACACGCAAAUUAGUAGGUUACUCUUCCCUUUCAGUCUACUCCAUAUUCAAUAAAAUCAUGAGGUCAUGGCUGAUCUGAUGUUGACCUCAACUCUAUGCUCCUCCAUGUUCCUCCCCAAGAACAUUUCACACCCCCUUACUUAUCAAGAAUCUCUCUCUCUCUUUGCCUUCAUUGCCUUUUGAAAAGAACUCCAAGACGUUCAACCUUAUGAGAGAAACUUAACUCUGUCUGAAGUGAAUGAUGCCUAAUUUAAAACAAUGACCACCCAUUUUGGAUUCUUCCCAUCAGAGGAAACAUCCUCUUGACAUUCCCUGCCAUAUCCCCUCAGGAUCUUGGAUGUUUCAGUUAAGUUGCCUUACUCUUAUAAACUCCAAAAGAUAGAAGCUUAGCCUGUCUACCUUUUCCUCAUAACACAACUUGCCCCUUCUGGGUAUUUGUCUGAUAAACAUUCCUCUGAACUGCCUGCAAUGCAUUGCUAUCUCUCCCUUAAGAAAUAGGAAGACCAAUAGUGAGCAUAAUACUUAAGAGAGAGUUAACCAAUGCCUUGUAAACCUGCAGCAUCAUUGACUUCUAUUUGAAACUUGAUUACAAUUACUUUUAUAAUCAGAAUUAAUGCACAAGAGACAAGACCUGGAGAAACACAAGUGUCUUGUAAUGUUCUGGGACUGGAAGAAAUUCUAGACAAAACAUAGGACAAGGCCAUGGAAGGAAUUUACCACAAAAAUGAGAAUUCUAAAAUCAGAAUGUCACCGGUGAACACGGAUGAUGGGAGAACAGGACCUGUUGUGAGUUAGGAAACCUCUAGCCAAGUUUUGGAUGAGCUUAUAUUUAUGGAGGGUAGGAUUCCAAAGUAUUGCUCCAAAGCAGAGCAGCAGCAGAGAUGAAUGGCUCAACAAAAGCUCCGGAUUCAGUGGUACCAGAACACACAGCUGGGAUGCUAGAAUAAUUAGCUGUUUCUCAGCUCAUACACUGAUCCAUGAUUCUGCAAUACUGGUCACAAUUGGAACUGGUAUAGAUGUUGCAUAAUUAUGAUCUAUAUGCUUUCCUGUUGAAAAAUAGCUCUUGGUUUCCUGGCCAGCUAGUAGCCUGCUUUCUCUUCUUAAUAAAGAACACAAAGUGCUGGAGAAACUCAGCAGGACUGGCAGCAUCUAUUGAGAGACGAACAGAGAUAACAUUUUGAGUUUUGUGGCCCUUCACCAGAGCAGUUCUGAUAGGAGGGGGUCAUCGAGGGUCACACUAUUUUUGAUGGGGACAUAGCGCCUCAUGAUAAUUGGCAUAACUAAUGUGUAAGUCAGGGUUUGGGGUAAAUCGAGGAGAUGAAAUCUUAAAUAAAAGAGAUGAGUGGGAAUGUGUGGAAACUCAGAUAUGAUGCUGUUGACAGGAAAUACAAAGAACAGAAGUGUCACCGAGAAUGAAAACCUGAGCCUCUGAUUGUCCCAAGGUGCCUUCUAUCCCCAUCUGAAUUGCAAAUAUGCAAUGGAAAUGAGAAGUGGCUACCAUCAGUCCUGGAAUAGGUUGAUUAAAUGUAUUUUUUUUCUGCCUGAGGGAGCAGGCUCCACUUGUGAGCAAUGCAAGGCCCUGCAAGGGACAAUUGCAUUAAUCAGGUAUUAAACAGUAUAUGGGCUGAAGUACUUGUAUCUACAUCGUUGAAUCCCGGCAACAACAUCCAGCGCCUUCUGAACUAUCUUCACAUGGAGAAGCCAAAGCAGAGGUUCCCUUUGAGGAUGCAGAGUAGAUUCACCUCGCCUAUUGUCCUUGAUGUCAUUUCCUCCAGAUGAUUGAGGGGCCUUGGCACUACAGACUUGAGAGUGUCUCAGGAUUCUGCACAGAAUGGUGCCAUCUGUUAGAGUAGGACUUGCAUCUAAAGGGAUAGAUGUCCGUCCUUUGCCAGUGGCUGUCAAGAUGACAACUUGGACUAAAAUUUUAUGUGACAAUCUGCUUCCACUAUCCACUGGAGACCUGUGCCAGCCACAUCAUUGGAAUAUGUUUCCAUUUGUUGUGUUCACCUCCUGCUCCUUUUCACUCACUUUUCCUCACUUGUGGGUUAUGUUUUAUCUGCUUUAGGGUGGUAGUAGCUGUCUUGAUGAUACUAUCGGUGAGAGCGUAUUUGUUCUUGCGGAAAUAGUUACCAGUUACAAAGCACUUAGGGGAUAAUGGCUUCAUAUUGAGGCUAAAAUUCAAAGAAAAAUGAAAGGAUUGCUCUAAAAAAUUUGAAAAAAACCUGACAAUUGUGUGCCAUGGAACAGACAUUCUCAAAUUUUACAAUUUUAAAACUUUCGGGCUUAGGCAUUCAUCCAUAUUAUGUAGAGUAAUGUGUAUGAUAUCUCAAUGCCUGAAUAGUGCAUUGGUGAUUUUAUGACCAUAAAAAUUCAAGUUAAGGAAAAAGCACCUGAGUGUUGAAAAGUAUUAUGGAAAGGUUUUUUGGGUGGAGCGGAACUCCAGGAAUAGACUUCUUGUACUGGUGCGAUUUUUUAAAAAGUAGGACAUGCUGUUGCAGAUGAUGUACAUGCUCUGGUUUAUGUUGAAGAGGCUGAUUUUUCCUUUGUAUUUGGCCACAAUGACUCACUGCAUUUGGUUUCUGGGAUUAAUAGUUUAUGUUCAGACCAGACAAAAAUUUUCCACCUGUCUUUCAGAAUGCAAGCUUGUACAGGUUUUAAAUAAUAAACUUAAAUUUUUAAUAAUGCACUACUAUUAAAAUUCUUAGUUCCAUGUGACACACAAAGACUUUCUGAAAGACCAUGGUUAAGAAUCAUCAUCUACUGAAUUUGGGCAGUGUACAUACAGUUUGGU